AAAGGUAAUUGAAACCAACCUAAAACUCUUUUUUUUUCCAUUAUUCUAAAGUUUCUAGUUGUGAAAAUGGCAUCCUCUUUCAAUGCUGUUAUUGGAUGACCCACGUUAACCGAGAUCCGAGCUGUGGUCUCUCAAUCUCACCUUCGCAUGAAGUUCCCAACUCCCAUGGGGAUAGCAACAUUACGAGGUAACCAGGAGGUGGUUAGACAUUGCUAUAUUAUCUCGGUUACAAGGCCUUGGAAAGGUGAAGAUCAGACACCAGAAACCAUUCCCCAACCAGUUCAUGAUAAUCAGCAGCUAAUGGGGGUUGAGAUAGUAGACAACCGACCAGAGGAUGAAACUAGAGCCACCCCAGACAGAGCAGAGCUCAUAGCUUUCCUCCGAGCUAACAAAGAUGUUUUCGCUUGGACCUCAGCAGACAUGCUAGGGAUCCCAACCUCAGUAUCUCAACACAAACUCAGCACUAAUCCAUUAAAGAAACCAAUAGCCCAGAAGCGACGUCUCUUUAGGGGGGAGAGACUUCAGGCAAAUGGUAAAUGGCGAAUGUGCAUCGACUACACAAAUCUCAACCAAGCCUGUCUCAAAGACUACUAUCCGAUGCCAAGCAUUGACAAACUGGUUGAAGCAGCUUCUGGAAAUGAGAGAUUAAGUCUCUUGGAUGCAUAUUCUGGUUACCACCAAGUGCUAAUGGCUUCGAAGGAUGAAGAGAAAACCUCGUUCUAUGUUAGUGACGAAAUGUAUUGUUAUGUCAUGAUGCCAUUUGGCUUAAAGAACACAGGUGCCACCUACCAGAAAAUGGUGAACAUUGUCUUCCGAGCUCUGAUCGGCAGGAAUCUAGAAGUUUAUGUCGAUGACAUUGUGAUCAUGCGAUUACUAGCUCAGAAGGAUGAAUCUGGCGAACAGAAGAAGUUUGAAUGGAACCAAGAGUGUGAAUGGAACCAAGAGUGCCAAGCUGCAUUUGAUGAGUUGAAAUCUUAUCUUAGCUCACCAUCUCUGCUGACAAAGGCUAUAAAUGAAGAAAUUCUCUAUUUGUACCUCGGUAUUUCUGAUGAAGCAAUCAGUUCAGUGCUGGUGAGAGAAGAAGGCAAACAACAGAAACCAAUAUAUUAUACCAGCAGCGUGUUGUAUGGAGUAGAACUGGGUACCCUAUUGUUGAAAAAGCAGCAUUGGCAGUUUAGAACUAGGGGAAUUCAAGAUAACAUUCCAGUAGAGGUCUGCAAUCCGAGCUCAAGCACUGGUAUACUUUAUUGUGGAAUGCACCCAUGUCAUUUAAACUCUAACCCUGAGUUGAGCAACUGGAUCUUAUAUGUCGAUGGAGCAUCAAAUAGUAAGGGUUCAGGAGCUGGUGCUUUCCUGGUAGGUCCAAAUGGAUAUCGAAGUGAGCAUGCUUUAAAUUUUAACUUUGAUGCCACUAAUAACAUGGAAAAGUAUGAAGCUUUACUACUUGGCCUACAACUAGCAUUGGAAUUGAAAGUUGCGGCCAUAAGAUUCUACAGUGACUCCCAACUUGUGGUCAAUCAAGUCAACUCAAUUUGUGAGGUUGUUGAUCCUAUCAUGGCGAAGUAUGUAGCCCUAGUGGCCGAGCUGAAGUGUAGGUUCCAAAACUUUUGUUUGAGCAAAAUCCCCAGAACUGAGAAUGAACAGGUAGAUUCACUUUCUAAGUUCACCUCUGAUAGCUCUUUAAGCUCCAGAUCAGUUUUCGUCGAAGUUUUAGAUGAACCAAGCUUCAUGAAGCCACGAAUGAUGGAAAUCAGCAUAGACGCGGAUACACUGAGCUAGACAAAUCCAAUUAUCUCCUUUUUACAAGAUGGGCCAAUGCUUGAAGAUAAGCAAGAGGCAAUGAGGUUGAGGAAGAAAGCGUCUCGAUAUAC